AUGCUCUCAUCAGCUGAAGGAAUGCACUCGGCCCAAUUCAUGGGCCUCAUCAACGCCUUGCGGACAGGAGAUCCCACCGUGGAUAUGAUGGCCGCCUUUUUGUUGCCGUUUCUGGUGCAAAAGGCCGUCACCCACGUUCCCCACCAAUUGCGCCGCCUUUUGAGAUACUUGAUGGGCAAGAAGAAGAUUGUUGUGCGUCGCUAUCACCGCAAUAUCAUCUACCGAACCACGCAAUCCAAUGGGAUGCGCAUGAGCUCGGAUGAAGACUCGUUCAACACGUAUUUGCUGCGAGCCAUUCAGCUCUACGUCCACGCACACUGUCCCCUCAAGGAUCUGGAUGAUGCUCAUUUGGAUUUGACCCUCUUUGAUACGUCUCGCUGCAAUCAGAAUACCCGCAAUGGACGCAUGUCCAUGACCAACCCGAACGGAACAGUCACCAACAACUCCACCGUGGACAUGCUCCAGACAUGCACCUUGGUAGAAAAGCCUCUGGAAAACAAAUGGUUGGAUGUGGGGACUCAUGCAGGGGGCCAGGUGGAGAUUAUGAUUUGUGACACGCUCUCGGGGGGCAACGGCAAGAAGCAGCAGCAAGGAGGAGGAGCUGCAAACAACGACGGGGGAGGCGGGGGAGAAGGGGAGGGUGGCGACCAAGGAGGAAACAACAAGCAAUCCACCCGUUCUCUCGAAGUGCGCCUUCAGUCGGAACACUCCGUCGCAUGCCUCCAUGCCUUUGUCAACACUGCCUUUGACUGGUACGUUGGUGAGAUCAAGAAAUUGGAAAACCAGGAGCGAUUCAUGUUGGAUGUCCAGCCGAUGCAAGGUCGCAACAACUGUCCCACCUACGUGGCCUACAAGCUGGGGGGAGAAAAAACCUUUGAUACACUAUUCAACAAGAAGUGUCACGAGCUGCUUCGCUGGGUUGACCAUUUCGAAAACAAAACGGGCAAAUACGCCAUCAGGGGCUACCCGCACAAGCUUGGCUUGCUGCUGACUGGUAUCCCUGGAACAGGAAAAACCAGUCUCAUCAAGGCCAUUGCCCACUACACUGGUCGUCACAUUGUCAACAUCAAUCUCUCUCACAUCGGAACCAAUGGGGACUUGCGAAAGAUCUUUUUCAAUCGCAUGUACCAAAUCACUGGAGUCAACUCGCACCAGUUGCGUUUGGAUUUCAGUCAAAUCAUCUUUGUCUUGGAAGACGUGGAUGCCGGGGCCAAGGAGGUGGUCAUGGACAGAGAAAUGCUGGCAGCCCUGGAAGAAGAACGCGCGGAGAAAGAGGAGAAGAAGGAAGCGGAGAAGAAGGACGAAGGACCCUUUGGAGCGGCAAGGCGCUACCCAGGAAGGGCCACCACGACCAUCCAGGGAGUGGAUAAGCUGAACCUGAGUGGGCUGUUGAAUGUCCUUGAUGGUGUGGUGGAGACCCCUGGCCGCAUGGUCAUCAUGACGACCAAUCAUCCUGAAAUCCUUGAUCCGGCUCUCAUUCGGCCCGGAAGGAUCGACAAAAUCCUUGAGCUGGGACACAUGAAGGAGCCUGAGGACGUCGUCGCCAUGCUCCAGCACUACUACCGCAAACUAACAAGUGAGGAAUCAGCCAUGGUGGAAACGUAUGUGACGGAAGAUGACCUGGAGAUCACCCCAGCCCAAGUGGAACAGCUGGCUAUGGAAGAGGACGAGCUAGAAGGUUUCCUUGAGCGGUUGAGUCGCUUUGGAAAGGACAACGAGAAAGACGGAAGCAGCAAGGACAAAGGCAAGGAUGCCAUCCCCAAGCACUUGAUCAUCAAGGCGUCCUCCCAGCCAGCGACUACCACGACAGCAAUGACUGAGGAUGAGAUCAAAGAGCGGCUCUAUUUGGAAGAGUUGCUGUAUGAAAUGGAUAAUGAAUGUGGAGAUUAUUAG